UCUUCUCAUUUUUUUAAUUACUUGAUAUUAAGUAGCUUUGGUGUUUCUUACUUACCAAUCCUAUGUCCAUGGAUAACUACCACAUGCUUCUCUCUGGUUCACAAAGAUUUUCAACUUCUCGAUCCUCUUUAAACAUGGGAAAUCCACAAACCCAUCAUUUUGAUGCUCAGAAUAUCGGGAAUGAGAGCAAGGCAGAAUGUAAAAGUCAAUAUCCAGAUAACACAAACAUUUCUGACAGUGGAAUUACCUCUCACAGUUCUGGGAGUGAGGUUAAAGCAAAUAGCAAAGGAGAAAACAAGGGACUCAAAAAGCACAGAUACGCAUUUCAAACAAGAAGCCAGAUUGACAUACUGGAUGAUGGGUAUCGGUGGAGGAAAUAUGGCCAAAAAACAGUUAAGAGCGGUAAAUUCCCCAGAAGUUACUACAAAUGUACGCAUAAAGGGUGCAAUGUGAAGAAACAAAUCCAACGCAGUUCCAAAGACGAAGAAAUUGUGGUGACUACCUAUGAAGGGAUGCACACACAUCCAAUUGGGAAGUUAGCUGACAACUUUGAUCAGAUUUUGCGUCAGAUGCAAGCCAACACUGCUACUUUCUAAACUUAAUGUUACUAUUCUUCAAAUGUAAACAGUUUGUAAUACCCUAUUU